GUCACUUGCAGGCUGGGCGGCGGGCGGCAGGAGGCGAGGUGGCGGGGCGCACCAUGCCCACGUUCGACCAGGUGCUGAGGAAGGCGGGCGAGUUCGGGCGCUUCCAGCGGCGCGUGUUCCUGCUGCUGUGCCUGACGGGUGUCACCUUCGCCUUCCUCUUUGUCGGCGUGGUCUUUCUGGGCAGCCAGCCAGACUACUAUUGGUGUCGCGGGCCGCGCGCCACGGCGCUGGCCGAGCGCUGCGCCUGGAGCCCGGAGGAGGAGUGGAACCUCACCACCCCGGAGCUCCGCGCCCUCGCUGAGCGCCGCGGCCAAGGCCACUGCCACCGCUACCUGCUGGAAGCCGCCAACACCAGCCACGAGCUCAGCUGCGACCCACUCGCUGCCUUCCCCAACCGCUCUGCCCCCCUGGUGUCCUGCAGCGGCGGCUGGCGCUACGUGGAGACCCACUCCACCAUCGUCAGCCAGUUUGACCUUGUCUGUGUCAAUGCCUGGAUGUUGGACCUCACCCAAGCCGUCCUGAACCUUGGCUUCCUGGCUGGGGCAUUCACCUUGGGCUAUGCGGCAGACAGGUACGGCAGGAUAAUCAUUUACCUAAUAUCCUGUUUCGGCGUCAGCAUCACAGGAGUCGUGGUGGCAUUUGCACCAAAUUUUUCUGUGUUUGUGAUCUUCCGCUUCCUGCAAGGGGUUUUCGGGAAGGGGGCAUGGAUGACUUGCUUCGUGAUUGUGACAGAAAUAGUAGGUUCAAAACAGAGGAGGAUUGUGGGAAUAGUGAUCCAGAUGUUCUUCACCCUUGGAAUCAUCAUCCUCCCUGGGAUUGCCUACCUCACCCCCAGUUGGCAGGGCAUCCAGCUAGCCAUCUCACUUCCCAGCUUUCUCUUCCUCCUUUAUUACUGGGUGGUCCCUGAGUCUCCCAGAUGGCUGAUCACUAGGAAGCAAGGAGAGAAAGCCUUGCAGAUCUUGAGGCACGUGGCUAAGUGCAACGGGAAACACCUCUCACCAAAUUACUCAGAGAUCACGGUUACAGAUGAAGAAGUUAGUAACCCAUCCUUUUUAGACCUUGUGAGAACCCCCCAAAUGAGGAAAUGCACACUUAUUCUCAUGUUUGCUUGGUUCACAAGUGCUGUGGUAUAUCAAGGCCUCGUCAUGCGCCUGGGGAUUAUCGGAGGGAACCUCUAUGUAGACUUCUUUAUCUCAGGGCUUGUGGAGCUGCCUGGAGCUAUCUUGAUCCUUCUGACCAUUGAGCGCCUUGGACGACGCCUUCCCUUUGCAGCAAGCAAUAUAGUGGCAGGAGUGUCCUGCCUGGCCACUGCGUUUUUACCAGAAGGGAUACCAUGGCUGAGGACCACAGUUGCUACCCUGGGAAGACUAGGGAUAACCAUGGCCUUUGAAAUUGUUUAUUUGGUAAAUUCAGAGUUGUACCCAACAACACUAAGGAACUUUGGGGUUUCUCUGUGCUCGGGCUUGUGUGACUUUGGGGGGAUCAUAGCCCCAUUUCUACUCUUUCGACUAGCUGCUGUGUGGCUAGAACUGCCUCUGAUCAUCUUUGGAAUCCUGGCAUCUAUCUGUGGUGGCCUCGUGAUGCUUUUGCCUGAAACCAAGGGCAUUGCCUUGCCGGAGACAGUGGACGAUGUAGAAAAGCUUGGCAGUUCACAGCUGCGUCAGUGUGGCAGGAAGAAGAAAACUCAGGUUUCCACCUCUGACGUCUGAGGCCCCCGCAUCACCCCAAAGGACAGGAGCCCUUGGAUGCCACCUGCACCCAGAAGCUGACCCUGGUAGGAAUAUGCCUUGCAGCGUGCUUCAGCUCCUCUAGGUGGCGCCCUCCCAAGGACCCUUGGAGACUCCAGAGUAUUUUGUACGGUGUAAGAUGAAGAUUUAUCAUGCUACCCAAGCUUUGGAAGCACAUGACCUUUGACCUAUUUAGCAAAGAGCCCAUAGGUACACAGAUUCUACCCAGGGAGCAACGCCUGUGACCCAGUGUGCUAAGGAAAGAUGAGAAAGGCCCGGCCAGUUCUCCAGCUCUCAGGACAGCCGCACCAGGAGGCACAAUGAACAAACCAAGACUAGCACUCGGAAGUGUGCUCGGCUGGCCUGAUCAGGACAGAAGCGUUCUGGAGAGUCUGAGAACUGCUAUUUCUGCUUCCCCUGAGCUUUACAGAGGCGACAAGUCUGGCAUCCCUCCCCUCCUGUCCCCUGCAGCCUCUGAGGUCCCAGGCCCCAGGCUAGGCACAGUUCCCUAAGUGAGAACAAAUCACAAAUCUGUAACACAUCCAAAGACUAGCUGUGAUUCUGAGGCCGCCGAUAUUUUGUGCCGUCCCUCAGUGGAUCCCUGUAAUCACUGGUUGUUUAUUGAGGAAGAAAAAAAAAAACAAAAACAAAAACCAUAGAUUAUGACUUCCCGGGUCUUAGAAUGUGAACAGUUGAGGGAAUAAUUAUGUCACAUUUGUGAGUUCAGUUCCAAUGGUGCCUGUGGCUGAGAAUCCAAAGUGCAGACUUUUUUUCAUUCCAUCUCGGCACUUUUGACUUGUCUUGGAGUGGGGUGGGAAGGAACAAAAAUUAAUACAAAUACAUGUGUUUCCAUUUAAAGGGAAAGUCAAUUGUAUCCAUCCUUAAAAGAAUGAGCAGCUGCUUUGUAAGUGAUUUAGGAGAUACUAAUGAGAGAUCGGACUUUUUUUUUUUUUUAUCAAGACUUUUCAAGCGUGAGACUCAGACACAAGCACAGUGUUUCACUAUGUGUGUGAUGAUGGUAAGACAAAUGUUUUAAGCCUUAAAGCAUGUGAGAACGGAAUGCGAGUGUUCAAUUUCUCAACCGCCUUCCGGGUACUCCCUCACUGCCACAACCACCCCGUGAGUGCAGAGCUUCUGAUGUGUUUUCCUGUGCAUUUCUUUGCUGUAGCACUGCUCCCGGUCAUCCUGCUACUGCCUUUGGGUUGCAUUUCGCCUUGAUAGCUGCGUUUCAUAACAAUAAACAAUUUUUAAACUGUU